UCGCAAUAUUUUGAUAAACAUUUGAAUAUUUGUCAUGAAAAAUAAUCGGAAACUCCACAAUAUCCAGAUCACAUAAUCUUACAAAGAAAGCCUUAUUCAGAAUGGAGCCCUCUGUCACUGUGGAUAAGAUUACUAUGCAGCCAAGCAGCCGAAAGACAAAACCUGCACUGAUGAGAAGAAGUUUAGCUGAAGAGUCCGCUCGUUCAGGUUCACGAGUCAAGACUGAGAGAGCUAGAUCAGUGAGUGCAGAUUCUGUGAAGACUCGUCCACUGACUGCAAAUCAGCCCAGGUUGUCUGUUGGUGGUAGUAGCAUUUAUAGAUCUCAGAUGGCAGACAUAAUGGUGAAUAAACCAUUAGUAGGAACAGUGAAAGCUGAAAAAAUCAAAGCGAGUUCAAAAGCAAUUAGAGAGAGAGAGCAGGAAAAUGGAUCCAGAGUUCCAAUGAAAGUUACAGUGACUAAAAAGACUGGGUCAGAACCAAUGCAGAGGAAAGUGCAGAGAGAAAAACCUGUAAAACAGACAUUUGUAGAAAAUGCAGCAUUAACUGAUUUGGAUCUAAAUUUGGACUCAUGUGCAUCAGGAUCGGAGUAUAAAUCUGACAAUGCUGCCUACAUGGUUGCAGGGCUCCAGUCCAAAAGACAAGGCUUGUCCAACUCCAACAGAAAUGGCGCUGUUGGUCAGUGUGAUCCUGAUGUUGCAAUAUGGAUCAAUGGACUAAAAUUUAAAAACCCAGAAAAGUAUGUUAAGCUUUUUGGUGAGCAAGAAAUCGACAUGGAGUCUCUGAGAUUGAUCAGUGAAAAACAUUUGAGGGCUAUUGGCAUCACUGCUGUUGGGCCUCUCAAUAAACUUAUGCAAGGUAUUCGUGACUUGAGAGGAGACACAUUUGAACGCUAUCUUGAACAGUUUGACCUAAGCAGGGUGCAGCCAUCGAAAGUGCAAGGUCAUCGUCAAAAUCAAAAGAAGGACAUGGUUGAUUCAAAGAUCAUGAAUGGUAGAGCUGGUCAAGAAAAGGGUAAUGCGCAGAGAGGUGAUUUAAGGAUUGUGUCGACUAGGAGCCAGUCUGGAUCAGAAGAGAAUGAUGUAUCGGUGAAGGGAGGGGGCUUAGACAUGAUUCCAGUCAAAGAACCAAAGAAAGCAAGAGUUGGGAUGAAGACGAAGCAGUUUCAGCCUAAAGAAACCAUCAGUUCUGAACAGAAGAAGAAAGAAAAACUUCUGGAAGUGAGGAAAACCGCACGCGAGAGAUUGGGGACUCAUAAGAAAAUUGAGCAAGAAAAGCUUUUGAAGAAGAAAACCGGAGUUCCAAUUCAAAAUAGAGAUUUCGAAGGCGACACCGCUGUUGGCCUAUAUGGACAAAAUGUGUCAUCAGCUGAGCCUACCCCCAGAUUUGGAGAUGAAUCGAAAGCUGAAUGUUCUACUGCCAAUACUUUUAAUGCAUCCACUCCUGCAGAAAGUACCUCAAGAAACCCAUGGGCCUCAUCUGUUGGACUGCAGGCUGAGGAAGAUGUACUUGUGAAGAGUACUGAAGCCCAGAUGCGCGAGUUACAGCUUCAGGGUAGAGCCAAUGAAGUUGUGACAAGAGACCUGAUUGAGAAGCUGCAGGACCAGCUCAGGUCGAUUCGUGUUCAGGUGGGAGAUAAACCUGGUCGGGAUGCUGGGGAAUUGGUCAAGAGAGAUUUCAAGGUUGUUGAGAAAUCUAGAACUCCAGAGGACCCUCUAACUUCUGAAACUCCCCUGCCCUCUCUGUCAACCCGCACGUCACCCCCUCGGCCUAAAUCCAGCCCCCUGAAGUCGAUGACAAAACAUGAACUGAUCAGUGAAGUCAGGAAGCAGAAGCAAGAAUACAACCAACAGAUCAAAAACUUGGAAUCAGAACUUGGACGGCUAAUGAAAAGAGGCGAUCCGGUGAAAAGUUGUGAAUUACCAAUCGCAGAUGUGGUCUUCCGUGAAGAAGAUUUGAUUGGUGAGGGCGCAUUUUCUAAAGUCUAUCUCGGAUCCUUCCAAGGAGUUGAGGUGGCGAUAAAGAGAUUGACGGUACCCCUUGAUCGCCAUGACAAGAACUACUUUGCUGCUGAGGUUAGCCUAUUACGAGAGCUGCGUCACCCCCACGUCGUGCUACUGGUUGGAGUUUGUACCACCGCCACUCUCCCGCUGAUGGUCCUUGAAUACAUGUCAGGAGGGAGCCUCUUCGCGGCCAUCCAUGAUUCUGCUGCACCGCCCUUCGACCAUGUUGCUUAUCACAACAUCGCCAAAGAUAUCGCCCUUGGGAUGAACUACCUUCAUCGCCAUCGGCCUGCCAUUCUACAUCUUGAUUUGAAAUCGACGAAUGUUCUGUUGAGUGUUCAUCAGAGGGCGAAAAUAGCGGAUUUCGGAUUCUCAAAAUUGAGACAUGAAGCGGACAUGGCAGCGAGUCGACAAGGGCGAGGCCAGACUAUGCUGAGGGGCACACCAGCAUGGAUGGCCCCUGAGAUGCUGUCCGGGGGUGAGGUCACCAUCAAGGCAGAUGUCUACAGUUUUGGGGUCAUACUCUGGGAGAUGUACACUCGGGAACAUCCUUACCACGGUUGCUCAACUUUUCAGGUGCUGGAAUGCCUGCGCACCAACAAGCGUCCAGUUAUUCCCUCCAAUUGUCCUGCCACACUUUCAGCCUUGAUAUCAAGUUGUUGGAAUCAUAAUCCGGCUAAACGACUACAGUUCAAGGACAUCCUUGUCAAGUUAGAAGAUCUUGCAUUUCCACCAGAAUGGAGAACCCUUUUUGAUGCAGCCAACGUGCCUCAACUCGCUUUGGAGGACAUUGACUCGGCCAGGGAAAUUGUCGGAUUCGUCAGCAAGACAUUGGAGAGAGAUUUAGAAAGUUGGCACUCAAGUCAAGAUGGGAAUGAAGUAGAUUUUCCGGUGCCGCAGCUUGAUUUGACGCUGAUUGAUUUGGAAGAUGAGGAGGAAGAUGAAACAACAGAGAGUGACCGUGUUUCAUCAGAGCAGAGUCGAGUAUCGCAGCGGGAUAGGGUGUCGCUAGAUUCUUGGGAAUCUGAAGGUGUUACACCAAGGUCAGAACAGGAUGAGAAGUCUGUGGAUUCAUGGGAGUCUGUGCCUGAGCCUCUCGAACCCUCGCAAGUUUCCAAGGGGGUGAAUAUUCCACUGCCACCACCCCUGCCAAGCUCCAGUCUUCCUGCUACAUUGCCAAAAAGACCUGUGGAAAGCAAAAGUCCAAAAGUCACAUUGAAGGGUCCACUCAAAGAUGAAGUGCUGCCAAAAGUCCAGGCAGAGGAUUUGAUUGCCCAGCGGUGCCUGCUUCGAUCAACGACCAACCAGCACCCAAGUCAGCUCAAGGAUCUGAAGGAUAUACCAGCUGAAACACUCACUAGCAUCGCAAUGAUUCUUAAACAGGCAGUGGAGAAACGUCGUCUAGCCUUGAAGGAAGGUAAUGGUACUGAUCGGUCGACUGAGGGCUUGGAGGGAGGUGCAUGGUCCACUGCUGAGUCAUCUCGCCCUGAUACUUUCAGAAUGGAUGAAAUAUAGACUGGUUUUGAAAGAAUUGUACCUCAGUGUUUUCAAAUACAUGAAACUUGAAGCUGAAUGAAUGGAACGAUCCACUUGAAGAUCACUUCAUGAACUGGCACACAGGUACCAGUCCUGUGAACAUGUUUUUAAUGAUAAUCAAAAUGAUUAGUAAUUGUUUUUUGUGCUGAGAUUAAUUCCAAUGAGAUUGGGAGGAGAUUUCUGUUUGUAAUUUAUAUAUUUUUCAUGUCAGUUUUAUUGUUCUAUACCUGUACAUGUACUAUUCUUGGUUCUUUGUAUACCGAUAGGGCUGCUUUAGGAUAGAUAGAUUAUACAGCAACCCUGCAUAUCAAAAUUCAUUCAUGUUUUUAGAAGUACAUGUGCCACCCUGUAAGUUACUACUGUACUGGUAUUUCUACACAUAUUUAUGUCACCUCACACAAUAAUUUACCAAUGUAAGGAACAAAUCCAGGGUCUUCGUUAAGGGAUUAUGUCAACUUGAUUUCGAAGCUUAAAAGACAGACACUGUUUCUCUCUCCCUUGACCCCUCCCCUAUGGAAAGACGAAUAAUGAAAUCUUCUGGCAUCAACAUUUCAUUUCGAUUAUACUUGGCUUAUCAAGCUCCAAGUUUAUAUUCAAAAGCUCUUUCCGGGCAUGCUGUAUCUGUAGAUGUACAUGUAGGUACUUAGAGAAGGAUCACAUAAUAAAUCAUACAAACCUGCAGGUCAGGUUAUAUAUUUAUCAAA